AUGGACGACGACGUUGGGACGGGGGACCUGUUCCAGGACCCCGAGGGUUUCUAUCCGGACGAAAAACCGCCCUCCUUCGCCGAGCACCGCAUGCUCUCCGGUCAGACCGUGCGCGUGCGGCUCGUGGGCAACCACCCUCUCUACGCCGAUCUACUGUGGAAUGCCGGUCGGACCAGUGCGCAUUACAUCGAACAGCACACCACCAACUUGAUCCGCGGCAAAGAUGUCCUCGAGAUCGGUGCCGCCGCGGGCGUGCCGAGUAUCGUCAGCGCUGUCCAGGGUGCUCGCACCGUCGUCAUGACCGACUACCCGGACCUGGAACUGGUGGAGAAUAUGCGAUAUAAUGCCGACCUGGCCAAGACGAUGAUUGCUGCCGCGCCAGAUGGUCAAUCCCGACUCCAUGUCGAGGGCUAUAAAUGGGGCAGCCCCGUGGACAACCUCCUGGCGUAUCUGACUCCUCUGCCAGAUGGGGAGUCGCCACGGUUUGACGUUCUGAUCAUGGCGGAUGUAGUGUAUGCUCACCGCGAGCAUCCGAAUUUGAUCAAGACGAUGCAGCAGACCCUCAAGAAGGACCCGGGGUCGGUGGCUCUGGUCAUCUUCACUCCGUAUGAACCCUGGCUGCUGCCCAAGACCGAACAAUUCUUUCCGCUCGCCGAGGCCAGCGGGUUUACCGUGACCAAGAUUUUCGAAAAACUCAUGGACGAGGUCUUGUUUGAAAAUGACCCGGGAGAUGAGAGGCUUCGGCGGACCGUGUUUGGGUAUGAGCUCAGAUGGGCCCCCGACGAGUUGAAGAGCAAGUAA